AUGGAACCUCUUCGAAAGACGACCCAUACAUAUGCCCAUCACAGCAUACAGCUAGACUGUGAUGUGUUUGAUGCAGCCGACUACCCAAUUGAUGCGCCUGUCUUUCUUUUCUUUCACGCCGGCGGCCUCGUUGGGGGGAAUCGUACUUGUGUGCCUCCGUGGUUGGUGCAAACCUGUUACCGUCAGAAGUGGCCCUUGAUCAGUGCAAGCUACCGUCUUGUCCCUCCUAUUGGCGGCAAAGAAUUACUGGAGGAUGUUACUGCUGCCUACCAGUUUGCCAGGAAGCUAGGUAAUGGCGUAGAAAGAAAGGUCAUCGUCGGUGGAGCCAGCGCCGGGUUUUUUAUGGCGGGUUUGGUUGCGCAUCAUCUUCAACCGCCUCCCCUAGCCCUACUCUCUAUUACUGGAAUCGCCACAUUCCACCACCCCUUUUUCCAUUCCUCCAUCCAACUCACGCCGAGCCCCAUCCCCAAGAGCGAAGUAGAACACUUCUUCGAAGGCCCGGUUGUUGUUGGUUGCGCACCAGAAUAUGGCAAUUGGGCCUUCUCUACUUCGAUGCUUUUGCCCGCGUCCACGGCCAGGAAUCCGGACUAUGUUCAUCCAAAGCCCCCGGCAGAGAAGUCUGCGCACGAGAAAGAUGUUGACAAACGGGACACGCUUUAUGAUUACUUCGUUUAUGAGAAUGCAUUUGGAGGUAUAGUCGGCGAGGUUGACCCCGGUUUUGACUGGGCUCUGGAAAAGAGUGAAAAAUGGAACGCCUGGCCGCCAACAAUCUUCAUUCAAGGAGAUGCCGAUGUGGAUGUUGACAAGGAUGUAUCUGUCUCGGCUGCAAAUAAGCUUGGUGAGAAAUCGACUCUCUUCAUGGCUGAACGGCAACCGCAUUUGUUUGAAGCGAGCAGUUUUCUGGAAGAUGAGAGCGUGGCAAUGGACACUGUUCACGCUGCUAUUGCUGAACUCAAACGGGCCGUCAAUCAUGCGCUAGUGCAGAACUGA